UCUUAAAAAAAAAAAAAUGAUGUCUUUAGGAAAGUAUGGGAGUUGAAAGAAUGGAGUCUACUUUUGAAACUUGUGAAAGGAAGGAGAAACCUUACCGUAUAGUGGACAAUGGGGUGCUGGAGCAAAACCUGGAUUUGGACUCUGCCUCUGCCACUUCUAUGUGAUGUCCAGUCAACUAUCUAUGCUAAACUGUCCAAGGAAGCCUCUUUCCUCACCCAUAAAAUGGAAUUACUCCCCUUGCAGUGUUGUGAGGAUUAAAUUAGAUUACUCUAUAUAAGUAUUUAGAAAACCGCAGGUACUCCAUAAAGUGGGAUUAUUAGCAUUGACGGGUGGGUCUGUUUCUAAAGAUGAGAAUGUUUAUGUAAAGGUUGAGAAGCUACAGCUAAAAGCUUGAAAGUGAAAAGGACUAUCAGGAAAAAGGGGUGGCCUUGCGUUUCACAGCUAUGGAAGCCCGCUGUGUCUAGUGCUCCUAACGCCAGAGGCAGGAAAAGAGACACCCCCAAAAUUUCCAUCCGGAGGAGCUUAGAAACCGCCUUAGAAAGUGGGUGCUAGGGCUGAUUUUUGGCGCUAAAGCGAAGUACGCCUACAAAACACUGUCUCCCAGCUUGGGGGGUGUGAGUAAUUUGGAAAAGGCCCGUGGGGAUUGUGGUACUCUCAGGCUCCCACAAACCGUCUUUUAUAAGCCUCCCUUGUGGCAGCGACCCACCCAGGGCUCUGCUGCGCCUCCCUCACCGCACGUGUGCGUGACCCGGGGAGCGAUUUCCUGUGCACGCGGCAAGGCACGGGGCCUCGGUGCGCCCGCCUCCCCUCCACACCACCGGACACAAAGCUGGCGGGUCCCCUGCGCACGCUCGGGAGCCUAGGGCCCCAGGCGCCUCCUGGCAACCAGACGCUGACGGAGCGAGGAGGCCUCAAUGGAUCAGCCAAUCAUCGCCAUCACCUCCAAUUCUCUAAGGGAAGACAUAGCACCUGGCAGUAUGAAACCAGUGCGAAAGACAUCAUCUGUUGAAAGAGAAGGAUGGUGGAGAAUAGCAUUAACAAAUACUCCUAUCCCUGGCACUUACCACUUGAAAACUUUCAUUGAAGAAUCCCUAUUAAAUCCAGUGAUAGCAACCUACAAUUUUAAAAACGAAGGAAGGAAAAGACCACCUCUUGUGCAAAGAAACAAUCUGGUACUAAAUGACCUUCCCCUGUACGCACCUCCUGACUUCUUGGACUUGUUAAAGAAGCAGCUGGCCUCAUACUCAUUUAAAGACAAACCAAGGUCAAGUGCCAGCACGCCAGUUUACAAAGAUCAGUCAGUUAAGCUCUCACCAGGGCAAGACGAUCUACUUCCUGCACUGGUUCCCAAGCACGCUUCCAGGAGCUUCGUAUUUCGUUCUACAGUUCAAAGAUUUCCAACAGGCUGCUUCACUCCUCGUGAAGGCCCAGGACCUGGUCAUUACGACUUGAAAAUACCUCCAGUAAAUUCUAUUACUUCCUGUUUUCAAUCCAAAGUACCUCGAUUCCUGCCUGCUUGUUCUAAAACCCCCGGCCCAGGAGCAUACACAUCUUCAGUGCAAUUCCCCAAGCAGCCCCCCACCAUAGCCAAAAUGGGCCGAGAGAAUAGCCUUUUCUUCAACAACACAAUUGGCUUUUAAAAUAAAACCAUCUUGGCCCUCAGCUAUUUUGAGUUUAGCAAGCGCUUCUGUUUAGAACACUCUGUUUUAUGUUCUUUAGAAGGGUUUGACACAGAACAUCAUGGAUUGCCCAGGCGACCCUCCUGCCCGCUUCUGUGGAAUAGUCCCAGCAUAAUUUCCAGUUCACUCUCAAAAGUGUCUUGGCUUGAAUAAUAAAGUGUGUUCACUCUGUU